UCAACUUCACUUUCAAAGAACAGAACCCCAUAAAAACGCACACAGAUGGGGCAGUAUAAUAAGUGAAUGGUUCUUCUACUGCUCCUUCUGCAAAACAAGGCGGUGGUUUGGCUUUUGUAGUAAUAAAUACACCAAAUAAGCCAUUGUGUUUGUUUGUUUUAGUGGAAACUGUCUUCAAAUAUAGCAACAAAGAAAGAGAGUUUAUCCUUUCAUUUCAUGUGUUAUAGUAUAUUGGAUUAAGAAAUAUGGAAUUUGUGAAAGAAAGAAACAUACUCAUUUUAACUUGGUAGGUAGGGCUUAUUUGUGGUUGAGAAAGAAACUUUACUUCUAAUAGGAGUGAGAAAGAAACAUAAAAUUUAUAUUUUUGUUUUCUAUUAAGGAUAGAGUAGACUUGUUUUUCUUUUUCCUUCUUCUUGAAACAAAUCAAAUCAUGGAUGGUUAUGAAGCAACUAAGAUGGUGUUUUCAAGGAUCAAAAGCAUGGACCCUGAAAAUGCAUCAAAUAUCAUGGGUUUGCUUCUUAGUAAAGAACAUGGUGAGAAAGAAAUGAUAAGAUUAGCAUUAAGUCCUGAAUCACUUAUUCACUCAGUGAUAUUCAAAGCUAGAAAAGAGUUAGGACUACCUUGUUCUAAUAACUCUCCACCAACACCUUCAUCAACUUCUCCAUCACCAUCACCUAAUUUCCUUUCAAGGCAAAAUUCAUCAACUUCUUCAAGGCUUAGUAGUGGUUUCAACCUUCCACCUUCUCUAACCAUCCCUAACCCUUCUUGGGGAGCUACUACUACUACUAUGUCUAUGUCUGAUCAGUUUCAAAACCAUGAUGAUUCAGAUCCAAUUGAUGAUUUCCAACUCCAAGACCAACUUUCUUUCUUGAAUGAUGGUUCUGAUCCUUCAUAUGGUUGGGGAGGUAAUUCUUCUCUUCAUAGGAGAAGUUGUUCUGUGAAUGAUGCUUAUUUAGCUGGUUCUGAGGAUCCAAGUGCUGGUUUAGGGUGGAAGCCAUGUCUUUAUUUUGCAAGAGGGUACUGUAAAAAUGGUACUAGUUGUAGGUUCCUUCAUGGUGAUGCUUCCGCUGCUGCUGCUGCAAUUGUUGGAUCUCCUAACAAGAUUGAAAAUAUGAUGGAUCAGUAUCAUCAUGAACUCUUGAGAUCUAAAUCUUCUCAUCAACAAAGAUUUGCUGCUGCUGCUGCUGCUUCUCAACUCAUGGCCUCUAACUCUUUCCUUUGCUCACCAAAAGGCAUGAAUUUCCUUUUACAGCAGCAACAAAAUCAAAAUGAUACUCAAAGGGCAGCUGCUGCAGCUCUAAUGAUGAAUGAGGAGUUGCACAAAUUUGGAAGAUCAAGGCUUGAAAGAAAUGAUUUUUCUUUGUACAGUCCUACUGGAAUGAUUAACCCAGCUUCAAGACAAAUCUACUUGACUUUCCCAGCUGAUAGUACUUUCAGAGAGGAAGAUGUUUCAGAAUACUUCAGCAAAUUUGGUCCUGUUCAAGAUGUGAGGAUUCCAUACCAGCAGAAGCGUAUGUUUGGCUUUGUUACAUUUGUUUUUCCAGAGACAGUGAAGGACAUUUUGUCUAAAGGAAACCCUCAUUUUGUUUGCGAGGCUCGAGUACUUGUUAAGCCUUACAAGGAGAAGGGUAAAAUCCCAGAUAAGAAGCAGCUUCAGCAGCAGGGAGAUUUUUCACCGUGUCGCACUCCAACUGGACUUGUUGAUGCUAGAGACCAAUACGAUCUUCAACUUGCUGAAAGAAUGUUCUAUAACACAGAAGACAUGUUGUGGAGGAGGAAGGAGCAAGCUGAGUUGCAACAACAAGCUCUUGAGAUUCAACGUAGGAGGUUAAUGGGGCUGCAACUUCUCGACAUCAAGAACCAACACCAACGUGCACUUUCCACCGGAAGUCUAGUCCAUUCUCCUACUCAAUCUCCUAACAUGUUCGAUCAGAAUCUUGUACUUCCUUUUCGCAGAAGCUCCGAGUUCUCAGAUGUGAUUGGUUCAAAUUCUGCUUCAGCUCAUAGUAAUGCUUCUGUUUCUGCUGGUCAACAAUCAGUCAAGGGUUAUGCUGGGAAGGAAGUGUUGGUCAAUGGUGAGAAUGGAAACAGUGAAAGUAAUGAAAAUGGCAAGACAAGCUCAAGUCAUGAAGAGGAGCUUAAUUUACAUGAAUGUUUGGAAUUGGAGCAUAAUCUACCUGAUAGCCCUUUUGCUUCCCCUACAAAAGCUGUUGGAGACUUGGUAGGUCCCUUCUCUAAUGGACCAUUAGAGACCAUUGAUUCAGAUGCAUCUACUAGCUCUAAAUUUGGCACUAGUAAAUUACUACCAACUUCAGCUUCUCUUGAUAUGGGAUCUUUUAAACCAUAUAAUAACUGCCAAUUACCAAGGUUUUCUUCUGCCCAUGGAACUAUUGGGAUGUUUGCCGGCACCGGUGGACCGAUCGGCAUUUAGUUUUCCUGAGGUUCAGGAAAAUGAAGCAAACAAAGAUGAUUAAAGAAACCUUGACAAAUCCCAACAACAAAUAUCAAUAUGUAGAGAAUCACUUCCACCACCAAAGAUGCCAACACCAUCACCAUCAAUCAUCAAUACUAUACUACUUACUACCAUACAAAAUCCAUACGUAAAAAAGCAGUUUCAGUAAAGGAAGUGGGGCAGGCCAUUUCUCUUUCUUUUUCUUAGUAUUAUUAGUACCAUUUUCUUUCUCUCUUAGGCUCGCUCCGUCCCUAUGUCUAAGUACCCUUUUAUUAGAUAUAAAGGUGAUUACAUACAGGAACGGAGAGAGUAUAUCUCAAUAGUUACUGCCCACAGGUAAAAAAAAUUAAAUAACACACAAAGGUAUUAUUAUUAGGAAGUAGCUCCUUUCACAGGUACCAUAAUUUCAAGUCCUUUGUACAGCUGGAGCAUUAUUUACCUAGAGAAAAAGCAUGCACAUAUGAAGUGGUAAAACAGUAAAUGAAGACAAGUUAACUACAAAGACUAGCUGAAGAGAAGUUAAAUGAAGAGAUUCAAGAGUAUAAAUAGUUGAGUUAAAGUUAAAAAGAGGAGAAUUUUACCUUUGAUAAUAUUAUUAUGUUUCAGUUAUAUUACCAGACAGAAAAGAUUUUAGAAACAAGAAUCAAAAGUGAGUAUUUUUAGACUUAAAAAUUGGUCUAUUUGCCUCUUACUACUAUUGUUAGCUUUUUGAUUUUAAAGAAGAAUUUGUCUCUUUGUUCCUGCAA